GCUGGGAGGAGGAUGGGGGCGCCUGUUGCUUCUUCAGGGGACCACGUCCGCCGUCCGCCCCGUUGAGGGGUUGGGAGGCCCUCGCCCUGCCGGGAGAAGGGCUCGUUUUCGUCCCUGAGGAAGGUGGGAGUCAAUCAUUUUGACAAGUCUCCUGAAAGGAACAGCUAGCAGGAGCUGAAACCUUUUUCCAUUUGGUCUUGUGGCAAAGGCAGAGAUCACGCCAGCAGCUCCACACAAUAUGAUGUGCCCAUUGGUGCCCUCUAGGGGUUCCUUGGAUGAGGAUGUAUUGGAUGACUCCUUGCUGGACCUGAGUGAAGGAGAAGAAGAUGAUGGCCAUUUCAGCUUCACAGAGGAAGAGAUAGAGAAGUACUUAAGGGAUGAUGAUCUAUCAGAUGAGGAUGAGGAAAAUUCAUUGGACAGCCGUGGACCAGUAGCUGAGACUCCUGGCCUCUUCAAAUUACCUCAGAGUACAUUAGUUGGUCAGGGACCAACUCCUGCAAAACCAUUAAACAGACCCUUUGCACUAGAAAAGAAUCUUGUAAAAUUAACAGUUGUUGCACCAUUUAAUCCAACAGCUUGUGAUGUGCUUAAUAAGGACAAGACUGAUACACCCAAAGAUAUUGAAAAACCCUCCUCCCUUGGAGAAGGGAUGAGAGAAGAUGGUCUUAGCCCAAAAAAGAGCAAACUUUGCACUAAUUCUGAAGGGAUCAUCCCCAAUAACUCUUCCUGGGAUGGAUCCUCGCUCCCUUCUCCUUCAAGUAAUAACUUUCAACAAACUGUCCGUGAAAAAAGUAUGCCUGAUAGUAAGACACCUACACCUGUAAUCACUCAGAUCUUGGACCAUUCAGAGACUCCUCAUUUAGGUUCAUCCUGGAGAAAUGGAUCACAUAAAUCAAGUUGUGAAAUGAAGUUUCCAGUUGUUUCCAGUUCAUCAAACAAAGAUGUUCUUGACAAGGAUUCUGGGAAGCUGAAAGUUCCUGAGAGAAUAGGCAAAGUGAUUCCUGUUCUGCAAACCAAAACAAGGACUAAUGUUUCGACGUUUUCACAAUCAGAUCUAGAACGGAAGAAGCAAACUUAUGUCAGGAGUGUUUUUGCUCAUAUAAAAGACUCAGUGGAUUCUAACCAAGGUGCCUUGGUGGAACUGUGUUCUUUGAUGGAUCAAGUUCAUCAUAUGCAUAACCAUCCACAUCCUUCGGACCUCACCAUUCGAAACUAUGCCCGGUUCCGACAGAAACCUCUGGAAAGAUACAGUCUGACUCAGUGGGUUGACAGGAACAAGCGAAGCCACCAGCGGUUCCAGAGUCUCUAAGAUAUCCAGUACAGUCCAUGUGUCUCACCCCAUUAGCAGUGAAGGUCCCUGUCCAGGUUCUGUCCAGUGCAGCAUCUCAUCUUCUGCUGUUUUGUGCUUGGCCGAUUUUGAAUUUUAUUUUUCACAAGAUUUUUAUUUAAAGAACUUUUUGCCUUUUGGAAGUGCCCAUUGCCGACUUGAAAUUUUUUGUAUAAAAUCCUUCAGGCGUGCGUGUGUGCGUGCGUGUGUUUAAGCAGUGUUAAGAUGAUACAGUUUUUAUUUGUUUCUUUAAAUUGAAGGUGGCCACCUCCUGAAAGCCAACAUUAAGCCAAAACACCCAGGCUCAAACUAAACACCCAUCUUUAUGCAGAAGUGAAAUCUACUGUUGCCCAAGAGAAAUAAUCGUUUAAUCUUCUGUAAGGAAGAGAUUCUUUAUCAGGCUGCAAGCCAAUGUUAAUUGCUCAUGACUUAUAAAUGGAUACAAGUAACUUUUAACACCCCUCUUACUUUCUUAUUUGAAUCUCUAAAUACCUGUCAAAAUUUUAACGUUGGUAAUCCAAAAUGUUUGAAAUAGGAUAGAUGUCCUGUUGAAAGGACAAAUUAAAAGUAUAAAUCUUCUCUCCUUUUUGUAUCUACCAUCUGCCUUUAUUUUUGGCUUUUAUUUCACCCUUUAUCAAACUUACUUUGCAUAGUAGUGUUUGCAAAUCGUAUACAUCUUAACUUUGACAGAAGACUGCUGACUGAGUAACCCAUGUUGAUUUGUGGUCUUGUAGCUGUCUUCUCUGCCUUUUUUCAAGGAUUUGCCUUUUUUUUUUACCCAGUGACCACUGUGCUCUCUAGGGUUCGACUGAUAAAUUCCUGUUAGACAUGGAUGUGCCUCUUAAGAACAGUGUCCCUACUGUGUUUACUGAAGAGCUGCUCACACAGGGUCUCCACUCCAGGACAGUCAAAAGUCAAUGCUAUUGAGGCUUCAGUUUCAUCUGCCGAACCCAGACUUUAAGGAUGAGGUCAUGUGCUAGUGAGCUUCCAUCCUGUGGGAGAAACUUUGGAGAGGCACUCUUUUGUCUCCGUUAUUAGUCAACAAGAGGUGCCUUUAGACCCUGGAUGUUAUCAUCUCAUUUGGUCGAACCUCUGAUGCAGUUUUACAAAACUGCUAACAUGGGUCUAAUAUAGUUGUGAUUAAGCCUGUGCACAAAAACAUUACCUGAUCUUAAGGUUUGGUUUUCUAACCCAAGUUGACAGACUGCAGCCAUCUUGAUGGAUGCCUUAGGAGUUUGCUAUUCUUUCUUUAAAGACAGCUUUAGACAUCUUUCGGGAGAUUUUGCAGUCCAGUAUUUAUGCUGUUGCCCACUCUCUGUGAAAGUUGUACAUAGUUGCUGUAGCACAGCCUGUGAUACUGGCUAGCUGCCUCUCUCUGGUUUUGUUGUUUCAUCAGCCCAUCUUUGUGAGUAACCCAUCUUAAGCAUCCUUCCCUGCUUUAGAAACUGACUUGGGAAAAGCUUGGUCAUUCAUGCCACCAAUAACUUUAGAUGGAUAUCCUUAAGUAUUUAUUGUUUUUAUCUGGUUAAGGAUUCUCUCUUCCUUGGACAUUUGGUUUAAUUCUGAGACCAAAAUGCUAAAAAGUUACAUGCAAAGGCAAGAGUCAAAUCUAUUUUUUCAGUUAUCAUUUAAUAUGUCAGUCACUUCUCGAGGUUUUCUUAAAUUAGGUUGAUAGAGUGAGACAAGCAAAAAUCUAUCUACCUUUGGAACCACAGCAUAGCUAAAAUUAAUCAUAGCUGGAAUAACUAGCAUUGCAACUGCCUAGGGCCCCGUAGAUAACGCAAGUUCUGAAGAGACAGUGUUUUGCUUAGGCCAAAAUCUAGGACUCAUGUUCCUACCUUUCUGCUACAAAAGGGUUUAAGCCUGAAUCUGUAAUGGGAGCAUCGCCUUUGCGAAAUCAUAUGAGUGACAGGUUAACUAUAAAAUGUGACAAUCACAUUUCCUCUUUGCUCAAAUAAUUCUGUUUUUCCAAAGCUUUAGCAGCUUAAUUAAAUCUGUUGGACUGGAGGAGGAGAGAACUGUUCUCUAGCAGUUAACAUAAUAUUCUUCAAGGAGAAAAAAACAGCCAAAGAAAACUCAUUAUUAGGCAUGCCCGCCUGGUGGGUAAAAUCUGGAGUUUUAAUAUGUUUUUAAAGAUGCACAUCUAUGUUAACAUACAUUUAACUGCCUACCUACCUUUCUUCAGCCAGGAUGACAUUCUCACCACAGGGGUAUUGAUGAAGCAGAGUAAAAAUGUGUUUAUGUAGUUUACUUAGAGGUAAAGAGCCGGAAAUAACCUGCAAUUUUGCAUCUAAUGCAGGCCCUGCUUUGAGUUUUUGUCAGGAUCACUUAUGAAACAAGUUUGGUGCCUCCUCUUUAUCAUGGUUUUUCCCUUGUAGCAGUUGUGUUUAAUGUCAUUAAAAAGAAAUAAAAGUUCUUGUCAGUGGCA